AAAUAAAAAAAAAUCUCGCAAGAGAGAUUAAUAAAAUUAAUGUUGUUUACAUUUGACAAAACUGUCAUCUCUUAAAUAUAAAUUGUUAUAACUUUUUUUUCAUUUGUUUUGAUAAUCGACAAUUUGCUCAAUCAUCAAUACGAUGGAGACUAAAGCUCUAGAAAAUGUCACUAAUGAAAAUGAACCUUAUGUCGGUUUAUCGGCACGAGAAGAAGCCGAUUUAGAGCGUUUGUUGUCCGAUAAAGGAUUAACAAUUGAGAACGCUAAAGCUUUGACAGAACAGUUAUCAAAAGAAGUCUCUUCUCUUGAUUAUGUCAAUAUUCAAGACGUUAUGGCUUCUGAGAAGCGUGUGGAAGCAGUUAUUGAAGAUCUUCAGUCAGCAAUCGACGAAACAAAAACGUUGGAAGAAAAAUUAGAUCACUAUCAAAGCUACCUUCGGAAUGUCAGAGACAUUGUGCUUCAAGUCCAGGAAAAAGAGACUCUGUAUCAGAUUGAAAAUGAAAAUAGGAGAAAGCUGCUAGGAGAACUUGAAUCACUCAUUUCAUCUUUACAAUUUCCAGCUGAUCAAGAAGUGUAUUUGCAAAAAGGUGACAUAUCAACCGAGAAAGGUAUUCGGAUCGCCUUAGCAGCGGCAAAUACUUUAUCUGAUUGCCUGAAUGCCAAUAUACAUCCAGCCUUACAGUAUUUAAAUGCUGUAAAAGAGCAGCAAAACAAACUUGGAGUUGUGCAAUCUAAAUUUGCAAAUCGACUUUCAUCCCAUAUCAAUAACGUUUAUCAUCACGCCCUCAAAGAGUAUGAAAAUAACUCAUUAAAUGAUAUUAAUCCAAGAGAUUUAUUAUUACCUUCGCAUCAAACAAUACACAAUAUUUUACUUCCCUUCAGUCCUCUUUCCAAGUGGCUAAAAGUUAAUUGCUACCUAAUCCACAAAGAUUUGGGGGAAGCCUACAUGAAUGCUGUCAGCAGGAUAUAUCAGAAAGAAAUACUUAUGUAUUUUGAAGCAGUAAGGGAAAAAUUGACCGGAGGACGAAGCACAUUAUCAAGUAAUGAUUCAAAUGAAGGAAAGAGGAAACAUUUCAAUGUUGUUGGAUUUGAUAAUACCAGGUUAAGUUCGAGUUAUGGUGCUACAAAUUUACAAGACAUGACAGAUUCCAUUUCAAGAAGUUCAGAGCUCAGUUUCACCGAAUGGGAAGAAUUUGAUUCGUGUUUUGAGAAGAUGUUGAAUGCAAUUGACCCUUUUUGUCUUGCCGAACAACAAUUUUGUAUAACAUUUUUUGAUAUUGAUUCGCAUGUACCAUUUACAGGACAUCAUCGACGCAAUUCAUCCUGGUCUUCUCAGAGUCAUUCAAUUUCUGUCAGUCCAUCACCAUCAAAUCCUAGUCAAAGCAGUGGGGAAAUUAUUGAACCUAAAAAGUCAGAGACACUUAGGCUGCUUAUGGCUGGAAUAUUUUCAAUUUUAGAAAGUGAAUUUUUGAAGUUUGUGUCAUUUUACGACAGACAAGAUGGCCUUUAUUCAAUGUAUCUUUUAGCCCGAUUAACCCAACAUGUUCUUUCAACUCAAGAUACGGGAAGUUUUUUGGCUAAAACUUAUGGGACAAUAUUAAUCCAGGUGAAGCGUAAUUUCGAUAAGUUUAUGCAGGCCCAGAAAUCUGCAAUCGAAGAUGCCAAAGUUCCGAAAAAGGCCAAAUGUGGUGUUUUAACUUUUAUCAGAGGCUUUGAGCAAUUUGCUAAGCAAGCUGAAUCAGUAUUCAAAGGUGUCUCUGCUCGACGAACUGACAUUGAUCGCUGGUAUGUUACAUUGAUUCGAACAAUGUUUGACGCUAUCGACAAACUUUCCAUUGAUCACCAUAAAACACCAAGUGAAAUAAUUCGACUAGAAAAUUAUCAUUAUUUACACAACGUGCUCUGCACCUUAAAGAUACAAUGUUUAGAGGGCGAAAAAAAGGAAGCUAAACAAAGAUACAAUGAAGCUUUGAAGGACUACGUUUCUAGAUAUUUUGGUCGUCCCUUGGAAAAGUUGAACACGUUUUUUGAAGGUGUCCAGAUGAAAGUUAAUCAAGGUGUUAAAGCCGAAGAGGUUGGCUACCAAUUAGCCUAUAGUAAACAGGAGCUGCGAAAAGUCAUCAAAGAUUGUAGUUUGAAAGAAGUACGAAAAGGUUUGGAAGAAAUGUAUAAAAAAGUAGAAAAGCACGUUUGCGAACCAGAUUCCACCUUGAUUCAAGUUAUUUGGCGAUCUAUGCAAGAAGAAUUCAUUUCUCAGUACAAAUCUUUACAAGAAAUGAUUGAAAAAUGUUAUCCCGAUGCUAACAUAACACUUUCCUUCACAAUUGAAGAUAUUUUGCAAGUUUUUUCAGAUAUUGCCCAGUCACACUAAUGUUAUAAAAUAAAUUAAACUAAUUAAAUAAAAUUUGAUAAAUU